AUGUUUCAUUCACUUGGAACAGAGUCUGUGGUCCCAGCUAUUGAAAAUAAUAGGGGGAAACCAACACAAAACAACCAAUAUGUAAGAAAAGCUCCAAGCUUAGGCAAUCAUACAGCUACAAAUCGAGCAGAAAUAUGUUUCUUGUCCUCAGACAAUCAGAGUCAGAAGUGGACCAAACCUGAAGUUCAGCAGCUACUAAUACUUUACAAAGCCCACGAAGAAAAAUUUCAUGAUCCGAAAUGGAAAAAAAUAUCAAUUUGGAAGGAAAUUGCAAAAGAAAUGAAUCAGCAUGGUUAUUCUUAUUCUGAUCAUAAAUGCCAGGUUAAGUUCAAAAACUUAAAACAAACAUAUGUUAAAACAGUCGAUCACAACAGCAAAAGUGGUAAUAGUUUCAAAACAUGUUCAUUUUUUGAUGAACUUAAUGAAAUAUUUGCAUGUAAUCCAUCAGUUGUACCAGUGGCAGAAUGCUCUAAUAGAAAGGGGUAUAAAGUUGUUGAUAAGGAAGCUCCUGAUAAGGAAGGAACAUCAGAAGAAAAUUCUCACAGUCCAAUUGAUAAGGGAAUUGCCAUAAAAGAUGGUGAUCUAAAGAAGGGAAAGCCAGCAAAAAGAAGAUUUAGUGUUACUGAAAGUUUGAUCAGCAUCCAAGAUGAAAUGAAAAAAGAAAAUGAGAAAAGGAUGGAAAAAAUGGAAGAGAUGCAUAAAGAAAAGAUGCAACGUUUUGACCACCUGCUCAAUCUGUAUGAAAGAGAUCUUUCUAAUAAUGCAGAUAAAUAA